CGAUUGCACAUCAACUUCGCGUGCAAUGCCCCCUGGUCACACCUGCCAUAAUAAAAGAAAAACUUAGAAAAACGGCGAUUAAUUCAGCGCUGAAAAUCAUACGCUUCGCGUCUAUCCGCGUCGCAAUGCACAGUAGCAGCUUGCUGCCAGAUCCGGCUGUCUAUCAGCCGGACACCCUGGACCUUAACACGGAUGAAAAGGCGGCGGAUUACUGGUUCAAUUGCUUCCGCGACAUGGUGGCCAAGUUCGCGAAGGUGGCGGUCAAGUCGCAGGAGGAGGAUCACACGGCCACGCAGCGGGCGGAGCAGUUCCAGGCGGCGUAUCUGCAGCAGCUGGAGGAGCACCAGCGUAAUGUGCCAGUCAACAAGGGCAAGAUGAUUCUGGGCACCAGUGAGCUUCUCAAGCUAAACGAAACCCUGUUGCGCCGCUACGGAUUUGCAGAUCCCUGGCUGAGACAAAAGAGACUGGAAAAUGCCUCGGCUGUGGCCCGCCUGAAGCAGCGUCUCCAGGAAUUGGAUGCCCUGGCGGAUGAGGACACCAGGUGGACGGAGCUGGUACGCGGUGUCCUAGCCGGCAACAUGUUUGACUGGGGCGCACAGGCCAUAUCUAACAUACUGGAGCAGGACAGCAAUUUCGGACUACAUUCAGCACUGGAUCGCAUUGAGAAGCGACCGUGGCUGCUGGACAACCUGGACAGCUGGUUGAAUCGCCUCAAGGGCGAGCCCCACAAGUGCGCCGUGGUCUUUGUGGACAACAGCGGCGUGGAUGUGGUCCUGGGUGUGCUUCCCUUUGUCCGAGGACUGCUGAAACGAGGCACCAAGGUGCUGCUCUGCGCCAACAGUGAACCUGCUCUCAACGAUGUGACCAGCGAGGAGCUGAGAUCCUUGCUGGACGACUGCUCGCGGGAGUGUGAGGUCCUGGAGCAGGCCUGGUCACAGGGACAGCUACUGGUCUAUGCAAAUGGACAGACUAGUCCCUGCCUGGAUAUGCGCACUCUGCCCAAGGAGCUGUGCGACGCCAUCGCCGCCAAUGAGACUGACCUGCUUGUGAUCGAGGGCAUGGGGCGCGCCCUGCACACAAAUCUGAAUGCCCGCUUCGGCUGCGAGACCCUCAAGCUGGCCGUGAUCAAAAACAAAUGGUUGGCCAAGUACCUGGGCGGCGAGGACAUGUUCGCCGUCGUCUGCAAGUUCGAACCGGCUGCGCCCAGCUAGUCCAGGAGCCACUACGUUCAUUGUUAUUCCUUGUUGACAAACAAACGAUAUCCCCGGUCCUUGUUCGGUUCGAAAUCAUUGUUACCGCCACCCCUAACCCACAGCCCACAAACUAAUCCCAUCCCUCGAUCUACCGAUGAGAUUCAUAUGUGUAUAAAUGUAAUCCUAAUGCAAGUGCUUUCGUGGUCACCUCACCCAUUAACCGCAAAAAAACUUUUAAUAAUUAAAAACAAGAAUAUAUAAUAACAAA